AUGCAUUACCUUGGCGCAUUGUGGCUGCUGUUUAUCUUGCAUUACGCAUACGCACAGUCGAGCACGCAGCAUUUUGUUAUCUACAAUCCUGCAAGUGGACAGCAGGUGGAGCCACUUAGCUAUGGCAGCAACAAGCAAGAAACGAUCAACAACAAUGUAGUGCAGCUGCCCAUGCUGGGAAGAACCUGCAGCUGCGAAAGCAAUCGCUGCAAAUGUUGCCUGGGUCUGGACAUUGCCUUCAUCAAACAGCCGCUUUGCCUGCACAUGAACUCCUCUGCAGUUGAAAACACUUUUCAAGUGCAAGUGGUGCUCAAUCAGUUGACGCUAGUGGAUUUUACAUUUGGCGAACGCAGCUUUCCAGGCUAUUGCAUACCGUUAAUGCUGCCGCUGCCGCUGUUCGGCUGCUUACAACUGCGUCCGCAUAUUGAGGAUGGCAAGUUCUAUGUGUGUCCUUCGCUGCUGCUGCAGCUGCUGCUACGUAAAAUCUUUGAAUACAAAUUCAGCUGCUUGCAUAUGAGAAGCUUAGCUGAUGUACAGCAGCAGCAGCAACUGCAACGUGGUCUAACGCAUAAGCCUGCAGCAAAUGGCAUCAGCAAUAAAUUAAGCAAAUAG